CUUUACUCCGUUUUGACCACGCAUAUACCCACCUACAAGUUUCGAGUCAAGGAUGAGCUCGGCAUUCAAGACGGUGCCGUACUCGCGACUGCCACAUGGCAAUCUAGAAGACGGUGAACAGGACGACAACGCUGAUGAUACCCUGUUGCGCCAUUCCGACGAGCGCGUCAAGCUGGAGAAGCAGCUCUUACGAAAGCUCGAUGCGCGCAUGGCGAUCCUUGUGCUCAUCUACAUUCUCAAUUACAUUGAUAGGAACAACGCUGCUGCCGCACGACUACAUGGCUUUGAAGAGGAUCUCCACCUCGAGGGCCAACAGUUCAACACGAUAUUAAGCAUUCUCUAUGUGGGAUACAUAUUGAUGCAAAUCCCAUCAAACAUGUUCUUGAACCAUAUCGGCAAGCCCUCGAUAUAUCUUCCGGCAUGUAUGACCGUAUGGGGCGUGAUAUCAGUCUUGACGGGAACCACGACCAGCUAUACAGGAGCAUUGACAACACGUUUCCUCAUCGGCUUUGUAGAGGCCGCGUUCUUCCCUGGGGCAUUGUUCCUCUUGUCGAAAUGGUACAAGCGUAGGGAACUCGGACUUCGAACCGCCAUUUUAUCCUGUGGUAACAUGAUCAGCCAAGCUUUUGGGUCUCUGCUGGCUUCCGUGAUCCUCGAGCGGAUGGACGGGGUGCUCGGGUACGCAGGAUGGAGGUGGCUGUUCUACAUCGAGGGAUCCAUGACCGUGGUGGUGGCCAUUGCUGCGAUGUUCAUCCUGCCCGAUUUCCCGACUACUUCGGCAGGAUGGCUCACCGAAGAGGAGCGCGCUCUGGCCCAAUUACGCUUGGAAGAAGACGUUGGCGUCGGAGAUCAGCAAGAAACAGAACCGGAGAAAGACCAGCCUAGCGGCCUAGUUCUUGCGCUCACAGACUGGAAAGUAUGGUGGCUCGCGGUUGCGCUUCUGUUCAUGGUCAUCUCUCUGUCGUUCAAUGCGUUCUUCCCGACCUUGAGCGCAACAAUGGGAUAUAGCUAUACGGUGUCCUUGCUACUUUGCUCUCCGCCUUGGAUGUUCUCGACGGCUCUAGCUCUUUGGCCUUCCAGACGCUCAGAUAGACUAGGUGAACGGUUCUGGCAUAUCACGUUCCCAUUGCUGUUUGGGAUCCUAGGCUUCUUAAUCGCAGGUUUUACGAUGAAUACCGCGGCUCGCUAUCUUUCCUUAUUUUUGAUGGCCCAGUCAUACGCCGGCUUCAUCGUCUUCGUGGCGUGGAUAAGUAACUCCAUCCCCCGACCACCGUCAAAAAGGGCGGUCGCUCUCGCGUUCGUCAACUCCCUCUCAUCACUGGGAAACGUUGUCGGCUCGUAUGCGUGGCUCACGGAAUGGGGUCCAUCUUACCGUAUGUCGUGCUUGAUCUGUAUAGCAGCUAGCUCGGCAGGCAUCGUGAUGUCGUGGAUGUUCAGGCAGCACCUGCACAGGCUGAAUGUAGAAGCCGAACGUAGAGAAGAAGCGGCAGGUCAGCCGAAGGGCUUUAGAUAUCUUAUCUGACGAUCACAG